AUGUCUACAACAAAGUAUUUGUCUUGUUCAAGUGAUAAGGAAAAUAAUGCAGAAGACAUUGUGGUAAUAACUUCUGAUAAUGUUAAUAAUUCAUUACUUGAUACUGAAAUGACUUGCGAGAAAAUUCAUAUGCUUCUUAUGAAAAAAUCUUUAACAAUUGCUGAUGCUUCAAAACAUCAUAAAGCUGAUUGUUGGCAACGUUUUGGAUUUCCUGCUGUCACUAAUAAAAAUGGCAACGUCAUCAAGAAAUUUCAUAGUUUUGUUUCAUGUCGAGACUGUUUUAUUACAUAUUCGUUUAAAUCUAAUAGUACAACUUUAAUGAACAGACAUAAAUGUAAUAAUUCAUCAUUUUCAUCCUCAGUGCAAAAUAUGGAAAUAUUUGUGUGGAUGAUGCUUUAUACAGUGGUCAGUGUUUCAUUACAUAUUGCUGAAUUAGCAGAUGAAUAUAGAGCUAAAGUUCGACAAGAGUUAAUCGAACCUUUAGAAAAUCAAGCUGUAACUAUAUGUCCAGAUUUAUGGACGGAUCCAUAUCGUCAAAUUUCGUACUUAGGCAUAUCUGUGUGCUUUACUAAUGAUAAAUAUCAUUUUAUUACUUAUGAUCUUUGCUGUGCUCCAUUUACUGAAAAUGAUAAAAAAGCUCCAAGUAUUAUUGCUGCUAUUAAAAAAGCUCUCGAACCUUUUGGAAUUACAGAUUUAACAAAAGUAAAUUUUGUUUCAGACCGAGGUGCAAACCUCGUGAAAGCACUUAAACCAUAUUCAACAACGAACUGUGUUGCACACAGAUUAAACAAUAUUGUCAAAGUCGGUUUUUAUCAAACAAAUAAAAAACGUAAAAAUAAUAAAAUUGAUCCAUCUGAAAUACUUGAAAUAAUAUGUUCAUCCGGUUCUGAAAAUGAUAGUGAUUGUAGUGAAGAUGGAGAUCGUGAAAAGAAUGAAGAAGGUGAAGGUAGUGAAAGUAGUGAAACAAAUGACAAAUAUAUCGGUAAUAAUAAAAGUGUUGGACGUGCAACAUCAUCGUGUAUUCUUGAUUAUUCUACGAUUACAUUAUCUGAAAUUCCACCAAGUGCAUUAAAUAUUCUUAAAACAAUUGUAUCAUGUAAAUCAAUAGUCAAAUAUAAUGGGCUCAAUAAAUUAAUUCAAGAUCAUGGUGGUUUAGCUAUUGUACAAUCCACAAUUGUACGAUGGAUAUCAUUAAUUUCACUUCUUGAAUAA